AAAAUUGCAUAGUUUUUAAUAGAAAAGUAGGUGCCAGCGCCGUUUCUGUCGCACGCACAGUUUGAGCACAAUUUUGCGUGCACGCACAAAAAUGGUCAAGAAUGUCAAAAACAAUGUAAAUAAAUUAAAAUUGCAUUGUUUCUGACAGAAAAGUCGGUGCUGGCGCCGUUUCUGUCGCACGCACAGCUUGAGAGCAAUUUUGCGUGCACGUACAAAAAUUGUGAAGUACGAGGAAAAUGAACACGCAUGAACAUUCAUGCGUAUAAAAAUGCUCAUAUUUGGACGCAGCAUUAAAUGUGAAAUUCACAAGGUCUAAAGCCGUUUUUACACGUACCGGCACCGACUUUUCUGCCAAAAAUAAUGUAAAUAAAUGAAAGUUACAUUGUUUUUGGCAGAAAAGUUGGUGUCGGUUUCAUCGGUACGUAUGCAAAUGGCCUAAGAGUAGGGAAAUAUAUUCCAAAUGAAAUGGUUCACUUUCUUUAUAUUCUUUCAGACACAAUAGAAAGUAUUCAAGAGCGUAUGAAAAAAAAGAAAGGAUCUUAUGCCAUUGGCAUACAAAAUUCCUAUGUUGGGUUUCCGGGUAUCCAAUUUUUGAACAAUGGAACUUUUAAUUACUAACAUAAAGGAUGUCGAGGAUCUUAAAACGAGGUUGAGGAAUACAAGGAUGCCGCAGCCAUCAAUGGAAGGCACAGCCUGGACUUACGGAAUACAUAGUAAUUUCAUACCAAUUAUUAUCGAUCACUGGUUGAAGUAUGACUUCCAAAAACGUGAAGCUCACAUAAACAAAUACCCACAGUUCACGACAAAUAUUCAAGGUUUGGAUAUUCACUUUCUGCACGUGAAGCCGGAAAAAACCGAAGGAAAGCGCGUUUUACCGCUUUUGAUUCUACAUGGCUGGCCAGGGUCCGUGUUAGAGUUUUACAAAAUAAUACCAUUACUGACCAGCCCUAGGAAGAACUUCGAUGUCGUUUUUGAAAUAAUAGCGCCGUCUUUACCAGGAUUUGGAUUUUCCAGCGGUGCGAUAAAACCCGGCCUCGGGGCAACGCAAAUGGCCGUGGUUUUGAAAAACCUGAUGUUAAGGCUCGGAUUUCAGAAAUUCUAUUCCCAAGGCGGAGACUGGGGAGCAAUUAUUACGGAGCAAAUGGCGAGCUUAUUUCCCGAGCAUGUCUCAAGAAUUCAUUCGAACAUGUGCGUAAGCACCGCCCCCUGGACUUUGUUUAAAACCAUUUUGUACAGUUUAUUUCCAUCACUGAUAGUAUCCGAUGAAGAUUAUCAUUUACUAUACCCCCUCAGCAAACAUUGGGUGCAAAUGUUUAAGAACAGUGCCUAUUUUCACCUCCAAGCAACGAGACCUGACAUAAUCGGAAUUGCAUUCAGUGAUUCGCCAGUGGGUUUCGCGGCGUACAUUUUGGAAAAAUUCGCCGGAGCCACCAACAAAUCUAAUCUCCUAAAAGACGACGGAGGUCUUUUUGAAACCUUCACACCUGACGAAUUAAUAGACAAUUUAAUGAUGUACUGGAUAUCUAAUUCCCAAACAACGUCAAUGAGAAUCUACGCUGAAAGCUUUAACCAUGAUCGCUAUAAACUUGGACUCGAUUCGUUACCGAUAACCGUUCCAUCGGCUUGUGCACAAUUUCCAAACGAGAUUUUCUACCAGCCGAAAGGAUUAUUGAAAGACCGGUUUAAAAAUUUAAUUCGCGUAACAAGAAUGCCUCGAGGUGGUCACUUUGCAGCUAUGGAGGAGCCUGAGCUUCUUGCCGAUGACAUUUGGCUCUCCCUAGGAAAUAUUUAGUUUAUUAUUUAACAUCAUCCCUUUCUAGGUGUCAGAAUUUCGAUCCUUUGGGUUAGCCUGAUAAAAUAGUGAGAAAUUAUGUAAGUAAACUGAGGUGACAUUUCGAAACCUUUAAAGAUCGAUGACAACGAAUACGCGUAAAACAAAUUUUGACGUUGACAUGUUAAAUCUCUUGUUAGCAUAUUAUCCAUUUAGUGAUUAUCUACGAGGUUUCUUACGGCUUAGAAGUGACGAGGACAAUUGCUGUAAUGGUACGUGAUUCUCUUUCAAGGCCUCUAUCAGACGACUACAUUAAUGUUCUCUUCAAUGUACUCGAGUAUUACAUUCUACACUGAUACGAACGUUGCAUGUCGGCAAGAAAUGAUUCGAUAUUAUAUUUAUAGACAAUUCUGUAGAGUCGCCAUGAGUGUACAGAAAUUAUCAGAAUGAGAAGUCAAUUUUAUAAUCGCGUCAAUUGUGUCAACCUCAUCUGCUUCCGAUAAAGGAGACCCCUACAUUCUUGUAUGUUCCUAACUGUAUUACCGCCUUUUUUAAAUAAAUUUAUUAAUUAUAA